AUGCACAGCACACCGACCUUGGACCUUCUCCCUUCGCCGCCCCCAUCCGACACCGAUGGCGCCAGCUCACCAAAGAGCUCCGUCGAGGCGCUUUCCUCUCUUAUCAAAUCCACCUACCAAAGCUCUGAGCUACGAUUCUUUGUCAAUGGGCGACCCGUGACCGUGAAAAAUCCCAAUCCCGACUGGGGAACAAAGCUAGGAUGUGGCGAAGGAGGCUGCGGAGCCUGUACUGUGGUGGUGCAAACGGCUGAGCCUGGCAGACAUGUCAGACACCUUGCUGUCAAUGCCUGUCUAUAUCCGCUUGUUGGAUUGGAUGGAAAGAGUCUGAUUACCAUUGAAGGACUUGGUACAGUCCAUCGUCCACACCCACUCCAAGAGAGAGUGGCGAAGAUGCAUGGCACACAAUGCGGUUUCUGUACUCCGGGCAUUGUCAUGAGCUUGUACGCACUCAUCAGAAAUUCAUAUCGGAACGGUAAAUUCCAUCUUACAAACUCCGACGUCGAGCUCCAGGGUCACCUCGACGGAAAUCUUUGUCGAUGUACUGGCUACAAGCCAAUUCUCGAAGCCGCUCGGACGUUCAUCACAGAAGAUUUGAACGGAGAAGCCGAUGCAAACGCUUUUCGUGCUACCCAUGGUUCCGGAUCAUGUGGUCGACCAGGUGGUUGCUGUCGAGAUGAUCCCAAUGCCAAGGGCUGCGGUUCAGCCAAGCCUACUGAGGCAGAAAUUACACCACCGAGUUCACCUGGCAAGUCAUUCGCGGAGCCUACCUUCUUGCCAUACGAUGCUUCCACUGAGCCGAUAUUUCCACCCUCACUUUGGAAGUAUGAGCCUCGACCAAUCUGUUAUGGAGAUGAGCGACGACUUUGGUUUAGGCCGACAAGCUUGGAGCAGCUUGUCGAGUUGAAGGCCGUUUAUCCCUCGGCCAAAAUCGUGGGCGGCGCCAGUGAGACCCAGAUCGAAGUCAGAUUUAAAAAGAUGAACUACCGUGUCUCCGUCUUUGCGGCAGAUAUUCCCGAGUUAAACAGCCACGAAGACCCGAGUCAACUGAGUCAGGCUAAGCUCAGCGCCCUCAAGGAGAUCACAAUUCCGGGCAACCUAUCAUUGACCAAGGUGGAAGACCUUUGCACCAACUUGUACCAAAAACUUGGUCGACGCGCUUUGCCCUUGGAGGCACUCAGGAAACAGCUUCGCUACUUUGCCGGACGUCAGAUCCGGAAUGUGGCCAGUCUUGCAGGCAGUCUCGCUACAGCAAGCCCAAUUUCAGAUUCUGCACCUGUGCUUCUAGCGGCUGGGGCAAGGGUAAGUGUGCUGUCGCGGAAGCUUGGGGCCUUUGAUAUCCCCCUGUCAUCUUGGUUUGUGUCUUACCGAACGACUGCCCUUCCAGAAGAUGGAGUCAUCACCCAAAUCAUCAUUCCCCUAGCAGAUGAAGAUGCUCUGGAAAUCACAAAAGCCUACAAGCAAGCCAAGAGAAAAGACGACGAUAUUGCCAUUGUCACUUCUGGUUUGAGAGUCCGUCUUGAUCAAGAUGGCUUGGUGCAAGACUCGGGCUUUGCCUUUGGUGGAAUGGCUCCGACUACCGUGAUUGCCGCCAAGGCACAAGAAGCCGUUGCUGGAAAGCGAUGGGCCGACACAGCUACACUAGAGGCAGCGAUCGAUGCCCUAUUGGAGCAAUUCGAUCUGCCUUUUGGUGUGCCUGGUGGCAUGGCCCAUUAUCGCAGAGUUCUGACCAUAUCCAUGUUCUUCCGAUUCUGGCACGAAGUUGUCAGUGAGCUGGGUCUCGCAAAGGUUGACCCCGAUUUAAUCCAAGAAAUUCACCGCGAAAUAUCCUCGGGCAACCGCGACAACUUUACGGCCUCCAUGAAAAACAGAGGAACCAGAACUGUAGGACGACCAGUUCCCCAUCUCUCGGCACUGAAGCACUGCACUGGAGAGGCAGAGUAUGUCGAUGACAUGCCUCGGCAGCACAAUGAACUUUUUGGUGCACCAGUCAUGUCCAAGAUGGCACACGCCGAAAUCCUCAUUGUCGAUUGGGCAGCUGCCUUGGAGAUGCCAGGUGUGGUAGGCUAUCUUGACAAGAACAGUCUGUCAUCAAACCAAAACACAUGGGGCCCAGUUGUUCGUGACGAGGAGCUAUUCGCUGACGGCAAAGUUCAUUUCUAUGGACAAAUCAUUGGGCUCGUCUAUGCGGAAUCGGCUCUGCAAGCUCGAGCAGCUGCCGAUCGUGUUCAAGUCAACUACAAUGCCCUGCCUUCCAUAAUCACCAUUGACGAAGCGAUCAAGGCCAACAGAUUUUUCAAGCAUGGAAAGCAACUGAGGAAAGGUGAUGCCGUUGAAGGGUCACUCGAAGACGCCUUUAGCAAGUGUGCACAUGUCUUUGAAGGAACUACGAGGAUGGGUGGCCAGGAACACUUUUACCUCGAGACCAACGCGGCGCUUGCAAUUCCCCACAUGGAAGACGGCUCCAUGGAGGUUUAUGUUUCAUCACAGAAUCUCAUGGAGAACCAAGUCUUUGUUGCCCAGGUUUUAGGUGUCCCGAUGAGUCGGGUCAACAUGCGAGUCCGUCGCAUGGGAGGAGCCUAUGGCGGCAAGGAGUCAAGAAGUACCCCUAUUGCCAUGCUGGUGGCUUUGGCAGCGCGCAAGGAAUCUCGUCCCGUGCGGAUGAUGCUCAACCGCGAUGAGGAUAUUGCUACCAGCGGCCAGAGACAUCCAUUCCAAUCGCACUGGAAGGUUGGCGUUGAUUCGCAGGGAAAGAUUCAGGUCCUGGAUGUGGAUAUCUACAACAAUGCCGGUCAUACGCUGGACAUGAGCUCGGCUGUGAUGGAUCGCGCUUGUACUCACGUCGAUAAUUGUUACUACAUCCCGCACGCCUGGGUCCGAGGAUGGGUCUGCAAGACCAACACCGUCAGCAACACAGCAUUCCGCGGCUUUGGUGGUCCUCAAGGGAUGUACAUCACCGAGAACAUCAUGUACACCAUCUCGGAAGGUCUGAACAUUGACGUCGACGAACUCCGAACUCGAAACCUGUACCAAAUUGGGCAACGAACUCCGUUCUUACAGGAAAUCACAGACGACUUUCAUGUCCCUACCAUGCUGGAGCAGCUCACUGUCACUUCUGACUACGAGAAGCGGAAGGCGGCGGUCAAGGAGUUCAACUCAAAGAAUCGCUACAAGAAGAGAGGCAUCAGCAAGAUACCCACCAAGUUUGGCCUCAGUUUUGCAACUGCCCUGUGCCUCAACCAAGCCGCAGCCUACGUCAAAAUCUACGAGGACGGCUCAGUUCUCUUACACCAUGGAGGCACCGAGAUGGGCCAAGGCCUGUACACCAAGAUGGCCCAGGUCGCAGCCGAGGAACUAGGCGUUAGCGUGGACGAGGUUUACAACAAGGAGUCGCAGACUGACCAGAUCGCCAAUGGUUCUCCCACCGCAGCUUCCUCAGGAAGCGACUUGAAUGGACAGGCGGUCAAGAAUGCAUGUGAUCAGAUCAAUGAGCGUCUGAAGCCGUACCGAGAGAAGUAUGGCUAUGAUGCGCCGCUAUCCAAGAUUGCGCAUGCGGCGUAUUCCGACAGGGUGAACCUGGCGGCAAAUGGUUUCUGGAAGAUGCCCCGGAUUGGUUAUGUGUGGGGAAACUGGAAAGAUCCUCUACCUAUGUAUUACUACUGGACUCAGGGAGUUGCUAUAACAGAGGUCGAGCUGGACACCCUGACUGGAGAUUCUACGGUCCUUAGAACUGAUCUCAUGAUGGACAUUGGUCGAUCCAUAAAUCCAGCUCUUGACUAUGGCCAGAUUGAAGGAGCCUUUGUGCAAGGUCAAGGCCUGUUCACAAUGGAAGAGUCCUUGUGGACGAAGAGUGGAGAGCUGUUUACCAAGGGUCCUGGAACAUACAAGAUCCCAGGCUUCUCUGAUAUCCCUCAAGUAUUCAACAUCUCAACUUUACAGCAUGACUCCGAAGGAAAGCCGAUCAGCUGGGAGAAGAUCCGUUCUAUCCAGAGCAGCAAAGGUACAGGAGAGCCUCCUCUCUUCUUAGGAUCUUCAGUCUUCUUCGCUCUGAGGGAAGCUGUCAAGGCAGCUCGCGAGAUGAACAACGUCACAGAGCCUCUGCUCAUGGACGCCCCCAGCACUGCAGAGAAGCUGCGGUUGGCUGUUGGUGAUAGUUUGGUGCGCCGGGCCGGAGUGGUUUGCAAGGAGGGAGAGAAGAAUUUCUUUACUAGAAUAGAGACAUAG